AUGCAGGUGAACCAGCGCAACGUGCCGGGCAUCGACAGCGCCUACCUGGCCAUGGACACCGAGGAGGGCGUGGAGGUCGUCUGGAACGAGGUCCAGUUCUCGGAGCGCAAGAACUUCAAGCUUCAGGAAGAAAAAGUUAAAGCGGUGUUUGACAACUUAAUUCAGCUGGAACAUCUGAACAUUGUGAAGUUUCACAAGUACUGGGCUGAUGUGAAGGAGAAUAAGGCCAGGGUGAUCUUUAUCACAGAGUACAUGUCUUCAGGGAGCUUGAAACAGUUCCUGAAGAAGACAAAGAAAAACCACAAAACCAUGAAUGAAAAGGCCUGGAAGCGAUGGUGCACCCAGAUCCUCUCUGCACUCAGCUACCUCCACUCCUGUGAUCCCCCAAUCAUCCAUGGUAACCUGACCUGUGACACCAUCUUCAUUCAGCACAACGGACUGAUCAAAAUCGGGUCAGUCUUUCAUAGGAUAUUUGCUAAUGUGGCGCCGGACACGAUUAACAACCAUGUGAAGACCUGUCGUGAGGAGCAGAAGAACCUGCACUUCUUUGCCCCAGAAUAUGGAGAAGUUGCCAACGUCACCACUGCUGUGGACAUUUACUCCUUUGGGAUGUGUGCACUGGAGAUGGCCGUGCUGGAGAUCCAGGGGAACGGCGAGUCCUCCUACGUGCCGCAGGAGGCCAUCAACAGCGCCAUCCAGCUGCUGGAGGACCCGCUGCAGAGGGAGUUCAUCCAGAAGUGUCUAGAGCAGGACCCUGGCAGGCGUCCCACUGCCCGGGAGCUCCUGUUCCACCAGGCGCUGUUUGAGGUGCCCUCACUAAAGCUGCUGGCUGCUCACUGCAUCGUCGGGCACCAGCAUAUGAUUCCUGAAAACGCUUUAGAAGAAAUGACCAAAAACCUUGACAUGAGUGCAGUGUUGGCAGAGAUCCAUCACGUGGACCGGGAGGGGGUCAGGAUGAUCUUCUCACAAUCUCCAGCACUGGAGCUGGACAAGUUCCUGGAGGAUGUAAGGAACGGCAUCUACCCGCUCACCGCUUUCGGGAUGCCCCGUCCCCAGCAGCCCCAGCAGGUGGUGGUGAAGUCUCCCAUCGCCCCGCCCUCCGUGAAGACCCCGACCCCGGAGCCCGCCGAGGUGGAGACCCGCAAGGUGGUGCUGAUGCAGUGCAACAUCGAGUCCGUGGAGGAGGGCGUGAAGCACCACUUAACACUGCUGCUGAAACUGGAAGACAAGUUGAAUCGACACUUGAGCUGUGACCUGCAGCCCAAUGACAACAUCCAGGAGCUGGCAGCUGAACUGGUCCAGCUUGGAUUCAUCAGUGAG